AUGACAGGCGACUUUAUAGCCGUAAAUGUAGGUGAAGACAAACCUGGAUGUGUCAACGGUUUAAUAAAAUCUUUCAAGGGUUUAUUUAAAAAGAAAAACAGAUUAACAACAAUAGUACAACCGCCAAGUCCCAGAGCAACGUUUACAGUGAGUUCAUUCAAGUUUCUCAAGGUUCUGGGAGAAGGCGGGUUCGGAAAGGUGUACCUGGCAGCGCCGGUAAAUACCGAACGCAUGGGCGAGCAGUGUGCAGUGAAAAGGCUCAAAAAGGACCCCCUGAUAACGCAGAGGCAGGUGGACCACGUGCUGUCGGAAAAGAGGCUCCUGAGCUCAGUGAGUCACCCGUUCGUAGUUAACAUGCUGGGAUCGUUCAAAGACGAUUACUACCUCUACAUAGUCAUGGAGCUGGUCAAGGGAGGCGACUUCUUUACGUACCUGAGAAGAUCAGACAGGCUGAAAAGCCAGAGCGCAAUGUUCUAUGCAGCGCAGGUGACGACGAUGUUCGAGUACCUGCACGAAAGCGACAUUGUGUACAGAGACCUGAAGCCAGAAAACCUGCUCCUCUGCGACGACGGGUACCUGAAGCUGACGGACUUCGGGUUCGCCAAGGUCGUCGAGUUCAGAACGUACACGGUCUGCGGGACGCCCGAGUACAUCGCUCCUGAGAUUUUGCUUAACAAGGGCCACGGGAAGGCAGUGGACUGGUGGACACUGGGCAUACUGAUAUACGAAAUGCUGGUAGGGUACCCACCCUACUACGACGAGGACCAGGUGCGCAUAUAUAAAAAGAUUCUCGAGGCCCAGCUCAAGUUCCCAAGCUUCUACGACGAGAACGCUAAAAUUUUGACCACGAACCUGUUGGCUAAGGACCCGACGAAGAGAUUCGGUAACCUCCACAGAGGGAUAGAUGACAUUAAAAACUGCGCCUGGUUUGAGCCCAUGGACUUUAAAAGGUUACUAAACAAGGAGCUGGAGGCUCCACACAUCCCGAAGCAAACAAAGGACCCGUCUGGAGUGGAAUACAGGGAAUCGAUCAGAAAGCCAAAGGCAGUUGUAGGAUCAGAUGACCCCUUCGUCGAUUGGUGA